AUGACCACCGAGGAAGCCUACGAAAUCAUGAAGCAGCUGCAAGAGCUCGAGUUCCCGUACGCAUUCGCAAAAGCUCGCAAAAUUGCACUUCUCAAAGCAGGAGGCAUCCCGACCAUGUCUAAACUCUUCGCCGUCACUGGUCAAAAUACCAAACGUAACGCGGGAAGGCGCUCCGUCGACACUGAGGUUCUUCUUCGAGAAUCGCAGUCUAAACGUCGGGACUCAGAGCGCUACGCUAUGGCCGUGGCAAGGAUGAACUACCUCCAUUCACGUUACCGACGCGCCGCCAAAAUCACUGACCCCGAUCUGCUCCACACUCUCGGUGACGGCCUUGCUGAGAUCUUAAAUGUCGUGGAUAGAGAAGAAUGGCGCAAGUUGACGGGUGUCGAGGUGUGCGCCGUUGGUAUUUUUCACAAGAAUCUGGGAGAAGAUAUGGGGAUCCCAUUCACCCCACUACCGUCAAGUGUGGAAGGGUGGAAAGAUGGGGUUCACUUUGCGAGGGAACUAAGAGAUUGGACACUCCGAUACGAGGAAGAUGUGGCAAGGGCCACACCGACGAACGACCAGUAUGUUAGGGUGUACGUUGAUUCAGCUGUCGCAAGUCUGCCUGGAGUCUUCAGGACAACUUUGAGGAAGGUCUUAGCGGCGAAUUUAGAUGAUGUUAUGAGGACGAGCCUCUGUUUGGAGGCGCCUGGACCGAUUCUCUCAUCUCUCCUGGCCAUCGUCCGCAAUAUUCGAAUAGUACUCCUUCGGUACGCGGCACUACCGCGUCCAUCCUCCCUCCCCGUAAAGAUGGUCGACGAUUCACCGAACCCGAAGACUGGAUUAUAUAAUUUCGAACGGAAAACCUUGCAGCCAUGGUACGUAAGGCCAACUUUUUGGUCAAUUUGGGGACCUGGUGCCUUCCUCAUCAAGCUGCUCGGUGGGAAAGUACCUGGUUCGGGCGGAGACCGGUAUAUCCCCCAAGGCUACGACUUGAUGACAAUUGGACCAGAACCGCAGAAAGGAAAGGGGAUCGAGGACAUGAUUGCAAACGUAGAGAUUAUUCGGGGCAGGGGAGUAGCAACAUGUCCAUUCUCGCAGGCGAAGAAUGGUGUUUUUUAA